GCUCAUUGCUAAUAAGUAAUAACCCCUCAAUUAAAACUUAGUUUCCAAGAAAUUGACAGGAAGACUAAAGGGGUCUGCGAUGUUGAUAAUGUAAUGCCCCUACACCACCAACCAUUUCCUCUCUUUCAAACUAACCAAACUCAAACACCCUUGUAAUCUCUCUCUCUCUCUCUCUCUCUCUCUCAGUUUUACCGGGAGAAAAACAUGCUUGAACCUGGCACAAAACUACUCCAAAAUCGUACACAAUCCACGGAUCAUACUGGAAAGUUAUGUACUGAUAGUUAUGACAAUUCUGAACCCCGGAACUAUGGUCCCAGGGUUAGAAAAACUGCUCAAAACUACACAAAAUAUAAUAGCUGGAAUGGCAUGGAAGUGAAAUUUGAACCAGAAAUGAAGGCGGUCGAUGAGUCUGGCAUUUGUUCACCGCCUUUGUGGAAAACAAGCCCACCCAGGAGUCCCCAACACAGAGCAAAUCACUACAGAAGCUUAUCUCCAACAUCAAGAACCCAAGCCAUUGCCAGAGGCCAAAGGGAGCUCAUGGAAAUGGUCAAGAACAUGCCUGAGGCUUGCUAUGAGCUUUCCUUGAAAGAUAUUGUGGAGCAACCAAAAGUACUUGAAGCUAGAGGACGAGAAAGUAGUGUGUCAGAAGAGCGGGAUUUGAACACUGAGGUUUUGUAUAAGAGGGAGAAUAGCAAGAAGAGGAAUGAUAAGAGGGCACAAUCACAAGUAGUGAAAAGAAGUGCAAGCAUAAAUAAUGGAGGGUUUUAUCUUAAGAUGGUGUUUCCUGUAUCUUUAGGGUCUAAGAAGAACAAUAAUAAAAAGAAGAAGAAUGAUCAGUCUUCUGUGACAAAUACAAGUGCAAAAGUUUCUCCUAAGCCUAUAGUACAAGAUGGAUCUUCAAAGGGUGUUGAUAAGGAGUGGUGGAAGAAGAGAAUUUCAGUAUCUGGUGAGAGUGAAAGUGGCAGGUCGAGUAGUAAUAGCAUGAAAAGCACUGGAAGCAGCAGCAGCAGCAGCAGCAGUAGCAGCAGCAGAAGAAGCAGAAGCAGCAACAACAGGAAAAAGAGUGGUGGUUGCUGGUCCUUCAUCCGCAACAAGAAAAGGCAAAUGCUGCGGAUUGAAUGAGGUCACUAGCUCUAAUAAAAAUAGGAGAGCACAAUAUAAACCAUGUAAUUAUUCUCCCAAUAAUGAUUAGGUACGGAGGAGUAUAGAUUAUCUGAGUUUGCAAAUUAGUGUGUUUAUUAUUAUAUUCUUUACAGAUUUUGUAAGUUUGUUUCCUUUUUCUCCCUUUUCAAUUUCCCUAAAAAUCCUACUGCCUUGUUUGCCAAAUAGAUGAGUGAUUGUUUUGGUUUUA